UCCUGUUUUAUUAAUUUUUUUCCAGGCGAAAAUGGCUGCCACUCUCAUCUAAACCUCUGCUUAAAGGAUUAAAUGAGCAUGAAAUAGGCAACCGAAAUCGCAGUCCCGCUCCAAAACAACACUGCCGGACGCCAGGGCGCAGUUUGUGCAGCGUCUUCUUAAAGAUGUUGUUGCUGCCAGAGAAGGAAAAUGUAUGCGAUCCGAAAUUAACCCUUUCCAUCUAACAUCCACCAACAAAUAAGAAAAUGAUGCAUCAAGUGACCAGCAGCAACAGUGACUAUUGUAUGAGUGGGCUGGCAGAGGACUGUCACCCAGCCAGCCACUUUGAUUUAUGUAGCACACAGUCCAACAAAUUCUACCCCUCUCCGACAGCCCCUGGUUUGCAGCUGUCCCUUGCAGGCCUUGCCCCUUUGCCACAGGGCAUGCACAAAGCCAUGGUAUGUCAAGUGCAAGACACCCAGAACGACUUCCAGCCUCAGACAGUGAGAAUCAGGGGCAGUGAGGCUGCAGGGCCUGAUGGCUCCAAGAAGAAGAAGGGCAUAGUGAAGUCGGGGCGGAGAGGGAGGCCAUCAGGGACCACAAAGUCAGCUGGUUACCGUACAAGUACUGGACGUCCACUCGGGACAACCCGAGCAGCUGGGUUCAAAACCAGCCCAGGGAGGCCCCUAGGCACCACCAAAGCAGCAGGAUAUAAGGUCAGCCCCGGCAGGCCCCCCGGCAGCAUCAAGAGUCUAGCUCGGCUCAAGAAGCUGGAGUUUGGUUGCGACAGUGCCAAGAAACUUGACUUUAACAACUGCGGUGGUCCCAAGAAACUGGACUUCACUAGCUGUGAUGUUCCACCUUUUCCAUACGCCAUGAUGGAGAAAAGACCCCUGUGUGAGCCCGGUGGCAAGGUGGAUGAAACCAGCGAAUAGUUCUGUCUAGUGCUUCAAAAACAUUUGAGUGCAUGAAAAAGAAGAUGCUUGAUUUUUCUCAAAAGGAAGGAACUUUUUGCCAUUUAGGAAUGGCUCUGACUGAGUGUUUGUACAGUGUUUGACAUUGUCUUCAUCCUCUCAUAAUAAAUGACUGACUUAGAAAGAAGUAUGUUACUCCAGUUUGGCAGAGAUGCAUGCGUAUGAACUAAUCACACCAGAUAGUAUAGGCAAAACAUGUAUUUAUCAGUUUGUGGUUCAAACCUCACUAGAGAAUGAAUCUUUUUUUUCAUGCUCAAGCAUUUUGUUCCUCUGAGUUUCUGCUUUGACAUUUCUAUGUCCAGGUUCUUGUGACAUUUUCUACAUUUAUAAAAAAAACAACUGCAUUUUAGUACAAACAGCCAAUCAAAUCAGCCUUUUCCUAAGCAUAAAUACGUGGAUGUAUAGUUGUCCUUUGUGUGUCGUCCAGUUCAAUAUGUGUUUUUAAUUUUGUGAUAUUAUCCUGCAUCAUACCUACAACGGGAACACUGCGAUACAUUUUUUUUAAUUAGCUCAAUCUGGUUAAUCUCAGUGCAUAAUAUCCUUUUUCAACACAGUAUUUGUUAUUUCAGCACUUUGUGAAUUUUGAUUAUGUAUUGUAACAGCCUGUUUAGUCCCCCAGACUCACUUGAUAAGCACUUCCAGAUUUACAUGUAUGUUAUGCUGUUCAGUAAGGGAAAAAAAACAACUUCAUGAAACAGAAAAAAAUGCUUUGUGGUAUAUGUAAUAAAUGCUAAUGUGCUGUAUGUGAAACCAAAAUAAAAGAAAUUGUCUUUUCCACUUAAA